AUGGCUCCAGCACGGGAUACUCCGUUCCGCUCGGCGGACAUGAGUAUGGUGCAGCUGUACAUUUCCAACGAAGUUGGCCGCGAGGUCGUCAACGCCCUGGGCGAGAUUGGUCUGGUCCAAUUCCGGGAUCUUAAUGGCGAGCUCAGUGCCUUCCAAAGGGCCUUCACCCAGGAGAUCCGGCGCCUUGACAACGUCGAGAGGCAGCUCCGUUAUUUCCAUGCCCAGAUGGAAAAGGCAGGCAUUCCGUUGAGAAAACUCGAUCUUGAUGUCGAAACCCUAGCUCCGCCGACGACCACUGAGAUUGAUGAGCUUGCCGAGCGAAGUCAGAGCCUGGAGCAUCGCGUGUUCCAGCUUAACGACAGCUACGAGACACUCAAGAAGCGCGAGGUCGAGCUCACGGAGUGGCGAUGGGUCUUGCGCGAGGCUGGCGGAUUUUUCGACCGGGCACAUGGCAAUGUCGAGGAGAUCCGAGCCUCCACCGACGAUGAUGAUGCUCCCUUGCUUCAGGAUGUCGAGCAGCAUACCCAGGCCCCGGACGUUGAGCGUUCGUUCUCGGGCAUGAACAUCGGGUUUGUCGCUGGUGUCAUUGCACGGGACCGCGUGGCUGCGUUCGAGCGUAUUCUCUGGCGAACGCUACGUGGUAACCUGUACAUGAAUCAGUCCGAGAUCCCGGAGCCUCUCAUCGAUCCUUCCAACAACGAGCCUGUCCAGAAGACUGUCUUCGUCAUCUUCGCUCACGGCAAGGAGAUUCUCGCAAAGAUCCGCAAAAUUUCCGAGUCUAUGGGUGCUGAGACUUACAACGUGGACGAGAAUAGCGACCUUAGACGAGAUCAGAUCUUCGAGGUCAACGCUAGGCUGAACGAUGUUCAGAAUGUCCUGAGGAACACACAGCAGACCCUUAGUGCCGAGCUUACUCAGAUCUCUCAAUCCUUGGCCGCUUGGAUGAUAUUGAUCAACAAGGAGAAGUCGGUCUACAACACCCUGAAUCUCUUCUCUUACGACCGUGCACGGCGGACUCUGAUUGCUGAGGGUUGGUGCCCGACGAAUGAUCUACCUCUGAUCAGAUCAACUCUUCAAGAUGUCAACAACCGUGCUGGCCUUUCUGUCCCCUCCAUCAUCAAUGAAAUCCGCACGAACAAGACGCCGCCGACAUACUUGAAGACGAACAAGUUUACGGAAGCAUUCCAAACGAUCGUCAACGCUUAUGGUACUGCAACGUACCAAGAAGUCAACCCCGCUCUCCCCGUUAUUGUGACGUUCCCUUUCCUGUUCGCCGUCAUGUUCGGUGACUUUGGGCAUGCUUGUAUCAUGCUGAGUGCUUCCCUGGCUAUGAUCUACUGGGAGAAGCCACUCAAGAAGGUUACAUUCGAGCUGUUCGCUAUGGUUUACUAUGGACGAUACAUCGCCCUGGUAAUGGCAGUCUUCUCCGUCUACACUGGUCUGGUCUACAACGAUGUCUUCUCAAAGUCCAUGACACUUUUCCGCAGUCAAUGGGAGUGGGAUGUUCCUGCCGACUACAAGGAAGGCAUGACUGUCGUGGCCAAGCUCAACACGGAGGGAUACAGGUAUCCGUUUGGUCUCGACUGGAUGUGGCAUGGAACUGAGAACGAUCUCCUAUUCAGCAACAGUUACAAGAUGAAGAUGAGUAUCAUCCUUGGUUGGGCUCAUAUGACCUACUCGCUCUGCUUCGCCUACAUCAACGCAAGACACUUCAAGCGCCCUAUCGACAUCUACGGCAACUUCAUCCCAGGCAUGAUCUUCUUCCAGUCUAUUUUUGGAUACUUGGUUGUCUGCAUUAUCUACAAAUGGUCCGUCAACUGGUUUGAUCCAACCAACCCGAGACAGCCCCCUGGUCUGUUGAACAUGUUGAUCUACAUGUUUCUUCAACCUGGAGUCCUAGAUGUUCAGCUCUACCCUGGUCAGAAGCAGGUACAGGUUGUUCUCUUGCUCCUCGCCUUCAUCCAAGUUCCAAUCCUCCUGUUCUUGAAGCCAUUUUACCUGCGCUGGGAGCACAACCGUAUUCGAGCCAAGGGUUAUCGCGGAAUUGGCGAGCAAUCACGUGUUAGUGCCUUAGACGGCGAUGAGGAUGAGAAUGGACACGCUGGACGUCAUAGCGUAGCCAGUGACGACGAGGGCGUUGCCAUGAUCACCCAAAAUCUCGACGAUGAGGAGCACGAGGAAUUCGAAUUUAGCGAGGUCAUGAUUCACCAGGUCAUCCACACGAUUGAAUUCUGCUUGAACUGCGUGUCCCAUACCGCUUCAUACCUCCGUCUCUGGGCGCUGUCGCUGGCCCAUCAGCAGCUGAGUGCCGUGCUGUGGUCGAUGACGCUUGGCCCUGCCCUCAAGAUGUCCGGUGUCACCGGUGUCAUCAUGGUCGUGGUCACUUUCUACAUGUUUUUCGCUCUCAGCUGCAUCAUUCUGAUCAUCAUGGAGGGUGUGUCUGCUAUGCUUCACUCUCUGAGACUGGCGUGGGUUGAGUCCUUCUCCAAGUUCGCAGAGUUUGGAGGAUGGCCGUUCGCGCCGUUCUCUUUCAAGCAGUUCCUCGAGGAGUCGGAGGAGCUGAAGGAGUUCAUGGGCUAA